AUGCGUCAUCAGGAUGUUCUUGAAAAGGGUACCAUCAUUGCACAGCUAAAUCACAACGCUUGUAAUGUAUGUAUAGUCGGAACAAUACGACAUGAAGCACGGUGCAGUUGCGGUCGCGCCAGAGCAACGCGGACGGUCCGUAACCGUUGUAUGCAAGUCUCAGUGGAUUUCGAUCAACUCGUAGGAGAACCUCGGUAUGUACAGGGCGUCGGCUGGGCUGUACCAUGCGAUGUUGUAGGGCUUUCUAGUAAAAAGGCCAAGGUAGUGAAGGUCCGAUUCCAUCCUAUUCUUAUCGAAUUGAACCGCUCGGACAAAUCGGUCACAAAAGCCGCUCUCAAAGAUGCUUUAAAGUAUCUCGACGUAUUGUUGGAAAACAGUAACUGGACACGUCAUGUUGUACAGCUCGUUGAUCAGCGCGUUGGUCAUCUUGAAAGAAUCGCUCGCUUCAUGCUCAUGCGACAGCCGUCCCUAUCCUUUACUUGUAGAAGUUUAAACCUUAUUUGGUCACUCCACCCACAACCACAGACAACUAAGGGGGAAGUCGAGAAAUCGCUGAUGGAUGCUCGUAGUUCGCUCCACAAUCAUUCCGUUGUUACAGCUAUGGUGGCGAAAGUUAAGAAAAUGAUGGACCCGGUGAUCAGUCAGGAAGUAGAAGUGCUGUUGGAAAAAGAUGACCUGGUUUUGCCACUACUGCGACUGUCUCUACCAUCGGCUUCCAGUUACUUGGAAAUUGGCACUAUUCGAGAUUGUUGGCAGCUCACCAAUAACGACUGCAGUCUUCGCAUAAGCCUUCCCUUAUCUGAAACCAUACCAGAACACCUUCCUUUAACCAUUCCACGCGAAGUCAAAGUCUUCGUUCUGGAUAAUGGCAAAGAAGUACAGAUUAUGAUGGAGUCGUGUCACUUGCGCGUGAAUGAUCUUCGCAUGCGUCUGGAUAAAACGUUAACGGAGUUCCAACGCACACAACAGAAAGAGAAAGCGCGAGCUCUCCAUAUUGUUCGUCAAAACAAUAAGGAGACAAUAGUCGAGAUCAAUAAACCUGGAGAACACGCUCGCCUUGACCGACUGCUCGCUACAUCGCCUUUGAAUGUAAUUUGCUGCAAUAGCGGUGGCUUGUCAGCAGUAGCGUCCAGUCCUGCAGAUUCGACCGAUUCCGGUGUGGUCAUCUCACCCCAAACUUCCCCAUUUGGUAGUGGAAAAUGUUCAUCUUUCUACAAGAACUCAGAAAACUAUCGCUUCGGAAUGCGGCAGCGUUCUGCAAGUGAGUGUGGUGACUGGGAUGGCAUUGUAUUAAAGAGUAUUCUCAAGAAACCUCAACGCAUCGAUCGAUUUUCAAGAUCCAAAUCGGAGUCUCACCAUUGUUGUGGUGACAUGUCACAACUAUCGUUGUUAAUGGAGUCAACCACGGAGAUAAGUGAAAGCGAAGGGCAUACAGACAAUGAUGCGGAUACUGUGACGCAAAGAAAAAAGAGGGUUUCAUUCAGCGAGAAAGUGCAGGAGCGUCGUUUUCGCGUAGGGCAAUGUAUUCUAACCGCAGCUAGAAAAAAUGAGAAAAAGCGUGCCUAUCGCAAACGAAAGGAGGAGCGACAGCGAAGCCUCAGUGAAGAUAACGAGGAUAUCAGUGGUAGCGAUUGCUCAUCUCACGUUGCUGAUGAGAAACCCGGCCUUCGCUCAGACCGUCAGGAUAGCGGAUUUGUUGACGGUGACGAAAAUGACUAUGAAUAUGAUGAAGAGAAGUCAUCACUGUCUACAAACGGAGCUUUAAUCAAUCCAGAGGAGCGCUGGAAAAGUGUAGUAAGCCAGCAGAGAGAAGUUGCUACUCAUUAA